GCCUGCUUGAACGACGCCAUGGCCUCUGGGUUGGCGUUGGGCGGCGGCUGCGGGAUGGGGAACGGCGACCCGCCGUCAGCUGUGAGCGAGCCCAUGAGCCCACCCAGAGCCCCGCCCUGCACCGCCCCCACGGCCGUGGUCACCGCGGCCUCGAUUUGGAUGGGUUGCUUCGCCAUCCACGCGCGGAACCCGGCCUCAAUCGCCUUCACGCGCCCGCUCCACUCCUCCAGAGGGUUGCUCACGCCGCGUAAACCCCCAGCCAUCACCGCCGACGACGGCGAGGUCUUCAACGCCACGGCCGAAUCCUCCCCUCGCUUGCCGUCCGCCAUAUCUCGUGACCUCGCGUUUCUCGCUCUCUCGGCGGCCACGCUUUAUUAUCCCCUCGGUAUCUUCGCUUAACCUCGGCGGGCCUCCUCGUACGGCCGGCCCAACAUUUCAUUUCAUUUCAUUAGGCCCAACUAAACGAGCACCUGGGCAGCGCGUCUCGCCGGCGCUUUCCCAUGGCGUGGCGAUGGCUGCGCUCAGCGACGAGGAGGGGCUGGUGGAACGCGGCGCCGUCAGGGACGCCGUUGUUUGCGGCGGAGCAGCGCGCGACGUUGGUGAACGUGAAGGUGAAGUGGGUCAAGGACCGGGCCCUCGACGCUGCAGUGUCGCGGGAGCGGCACCUCCGCACCGCCCACCACCUGCUCGACCUCGUGUUCUCCCGGCCCGGCCACCGCGUCUCGCGGUCGGACCUCCUCGCUGAAAAGUCCGCUCGAAGGAUAUGUGGUUCCGCACACUCUUUGCUCGAGUUCCUCAGGAGAUACCAUACCAUGUUCACGUUGUCCCGCGGCGGCGUGUCGCCGACAGACAUGGCGUUCGUCCUGCGGCAGCGGGAGGUAGAUUGUCUCUUCGCCACCGAGGGCGACCUCGUCGCCCGCCUCCGCCGUCUCCUCAUGCUCACUCUCCCCCGUUCGCUCCCGCUCCACACCGUCGACCUUCUCCGCUGGGACCUUGGCCUGCCCAGCGAUUACCAGGACUCCAUCCUCCCCCGCUACCCUGACCACUUCGCCCUUGAGCAGCCGGAGGGCGACGAGCGCGUCUGGCUCCGCCUCCUCUCCUGGGACGAUCUUCUCGCCGUCUCCGAGCUUGAGAAGAGCGCUGACGGAGGCGAUACCACCUGCAUCCCCUUCCCGGUGAGCUUCACUAGGGGUUAUGGUCUGAGAAGCAAGUGCAUGUCCUGGCUACGGGAGUGGCAGGCGCUGCCAUACACCAGCCCAUACGCUGACGCUUCAGGCCUCGACCGCCGCACAGACGUGUCGGAGAAGCGGAAUGUGGGAGUGUUCCAUGAGCUGCUGCACCUCACUGUGGCGAAGAGAACGGAGCGCCAGAAUGUGAGCAAUAUGAGGAAGCUGCUUGGCAUGCCGCAGAAGUUCACCAAGGUGUUCGAACGCCACCCUGGCAUUUUUUACCUGUCCAGGGUUUGUGGCACUCAGAUGGUUGUUCUUAGAGAAGCUUACGGCGGUGGAAGCCAGCUGCUUGAGAAGCAUGCACAUCCGCUUGUUGCUAUCAGGGAAGAGUACUCCACUUUGUUGAGGGCAGCAUUGCCACCAAGGACGAGGGGUAGAGAAAGACAUGGUUCUUUUAGCAGGCAGCAUGAGGGAUGUGUGGUGGGAGGAGAUGAAUUUGAACUCUCCAAGUGAAUGCACUUUAAUUUAUGUCUAUCUGGUGUGCACUGGAUAUAUCAUGGAUGCUCUGGAUCCAAGAGGACAAUCUCUAAACGUGUUGAACAGGUGCUCUGCGAAUGAUUCAGUGGUUUGUGGCCGAGCUUAUGUUGUAAACUUGUAAUGCAUGUUGUUAUGGACCAAGAAAAACAGACCUGGGGUUCAUUGGAUUUUACAUUACUUCAUUCAAUUGACGGCAUCUUAUGGAAGUUUUCAUAAUGGUAACCUGGCAUCUGUAUGCAGAGAAUUGGUAUUAUCUUCCAGAGUUAGAAAUCAGAUUUGGGGCUUGGAAAAAGGAUUUCACUGACGCAUUCUGUAUGCAGCUCCACUGAAUCAAAUAAGAAGCAAGGCUUGUUGCUGGCUUGUCUAUUUUCGCUCUCCUAUCAUUUUCAAUGAGCUCUCAGCUUUUGCUCUUAGUUUUCAUCCUUUUUUCCUUUGAGGAAAAUUUUGCCCUUCCUUAUUGUACUUGCCUCGAAAUUUGACAACCAGACACUUGAAUUGCUUUUUUACCGUGAGAAGUCAUGUAACAUGAAUCAGAAGACAUUUCCUUCCAGAGGGGUGUCCUCACUGUGAUCAAGCUAAGGAAUCCAUAAACCAUCUUCACCUUUCUUGCAUCCUUGUCAGAGUUUUUUUGUUCAGGCUAUUCCAAAUAGUAGGCCUACAAAUCCUUGACAUUCAGAUUGGAGAAGAGUUCUUUGAUGAUUCGUGGGAGAAGAUUAUUCUUGCUGCUGGAGGAUAAUUGCAGAAAGACCUCAGCUCCUUUGUGAUUCUUGGGUCUUGGACCAUCUAGAAUCACCGCAACAUAAGUGUUUAUGAUGGGUGUCCUCUUGUUUGGCUAGAGCCUUAUUUCUUGCUAGCCAGAAAAUUCAGUUGUGGGGUUUGGCUGGGGCUAAAGGUAUUUUUACCUUUUCAUCUAGUUGUCGCAGAAGUGUGUGCGUUCUUUAGGUUGUGGCCGUAUUCUUUUUCUUGGUGCAAAGGUGAUUUAUACAAGUUU